GCGAACGAGCCGCAGAAGGCGCUGGUUCGCGGUCGUGCCCGCAGCUCCGAAUCAGUAACCACGGUGCGCGUUUCCGACCGAUGAGCGGGCACAUCGGGACCAGCGGGCAUCCUCUUCGUACGCGAGACCCUCGGGGAUAAAUAAGACGGACGGGUGGUGCGGAGUGGCCGCCGAGGCAUCGCGUGGCACGUGCGGGUGAGUCGCAGGGGUGGUCGGCGAGUGUCGCGUGGGAGCGUCGCGUCGUCGCGACGCGUCGCACCGGGACUACGGUGACAGCAGCCCCAGGAGGAGCGUCCGAGGGUGUGGGCCUGCGGAGGAGUCUAGUGGGAGAGCUCGGAGUCGGACUUCUCGGAUACUGAGGACUCAAAUGAGCUAGAAGCCAGUGUCGGCCCCGAAAGCAACGCGAUGGACACUGUAGAUAGUGUCAACAAACGACAGGCCACUCGUGUCUUCAAGAAGUCCAGCCUCAAUGGCAAGAUCACCGUCUACCUCGGCAAGAGGGACUUCGUCGAUCACAUCACGCACGUCGACCCGAUCGACGGGGUCGUCCUGAUCGAUCCCGAUUACAUAAAGGAGCGAAAGGUGUUCGGUCACGUCUUAGCGGCGUUCAAGUACGGCAGGGAGGAUCUCGAUGUCCUCGGGCUGACCUUUCGCAAGGACCUCUAUCUCGCCGCGGAACAGAUCUAUCCGGUGGUGCAGGGAUCUCAGCCCCCCCGGGAGCUGACGCGAUUGCAGGAAAGGCUGAUCAAGAAGCUAGGGAGCAAUGCGUAUCCCUUUUACUUCGAGUUACCACCCCAUUGUCCUGCUUCGGUCACCCUACAACCGGCCCCGGGUGACACCGGCAAACCCUGCGGCGUCGACUAUGAGCUGAAGGCGUUCGUAGGUGAGACGCAAGAUGACAAACCGCAUAAAAGGAGCUGCGUGAGGCUAGCGAUCAGGAAGAUCAUGUACGCGCCCUCGAAACAGGGCGAGCAGCCAUCGGUGGAGGUCAGCAAGGAAUUUAUGAUGUCCCCGAAUAAAUUACACUUGGAGGCCUCUCUCGACAAGGAGCUCUAUCAUCACGGCGAGAACAUAGCUGUGAACGUGCACAUAGCAAACAAUAGCAACCGGACUGUGAAAAAGAUAAAAGUGUCGGUUAGGCAGUUUGCGGACAUCUGCCUGUUCUCCACGGCGCAAUAUAAGUGCACCGUCGCCGAGGCCGAGAGCGAAGAGGGAUGCCCAGUGGGCCCGGGUUUCACGCUCAGCAAGGUGUUCACUUUGACACCCCUCUUGGCCAACAACAAAGAUAAAUGGGGGCUCGCCCUCGACGGUCAGCUCAAACACGAGGACACCAAUUUGGCGUCCAGCACCCUUGUGGUUGACCCGUCGCAGCGUGAAAACCUUGGCAUAAUCGUCCAGUACAAAGUCAAAGUUAAACUUUGCCUCGGUGCUCUUGGAGGCGAGUUAGUUGCGGAACUGCCGUUUAUUUUGAUGCAUCCCAAACCGGAAGAGGAGGAACCAAUACCGUCCACAGCUCGACCAAGCCCUACGCACAAAACUGACAGCGGAGAAGUUCCGCUCGAUACAAAUCUGAUACAACUUGAUACGGAGGCGGACGGCGACGACGACAUAAUCUUCGAGGACUUUGCUCGUCUGAGGCUGAAAGGCGAGACGGAAGCUUGACCGUGUUCAGCAGAUUCCUCAUCGAUAUGCAUCGAUGCCCUCGAUCGUGUGACCCUGACGCCCCCGUGUCGCACACAAGACGGAAGCUGCACAAUGUCGCCAAUGAUGCCAAUAACAGCGACGCCGCAACAACAGACUUAAACGGCGUUUAUCGUUCAAAUUUGUUUUUGCGGAGUCGCUGCUACCCUUAAGUACAAAAUGUCCCCGACAUGACGGUUUACGCGGGACAUUUUAAGAUUUGUUGUCGCAUAAGAAAGUUGGGUGAAGAGGGAAAAGUCGAGGAGAAAAACUUCUCGAGGGGAAACUUGCGUGAAAGAGAGAAGGAGAAAGAGAGAGAGAGAGAGAGACGAAUUCCGAGCACGUUUGCUCGCUUUUCGCGGAUCUUUUUUAGACAGGCUUUUUCAAACGAAUACGCGAACCGGAAAUGACAUCGACAAAAUUCUCCUUCAACAAUCAUUUACUUUCACUGAUCGAAGAUGCGCAGGAAAUUAAAGUUUCCCGAAAAUAUUUUCUUCUUUCUUUUUUUUUUUUUUUUAAUAUCCUGCCCAUCGUUGUUCGUACAAUUUAUUAAGAUAAUCGAGCCGUUGUUAUUUAUGACGUGUGUUCGUCGUCGGAUCGUGACGAUCUUGAUUUAUGGGAAAAAGUACGAUUACGGCGAUUUCGUGAUUGACACUUAUUGCGAGUUUAACGCCGUCGCCAUUUUACGCUUUGUCUCCGAAGACUGAUUUUAGAAAGAAAAAUCCAAAAAUCUAGCUGAUGAGAUGUAUUUAUUGUAAAACUUUCAACAAUGAAAGAAAUUUUGCAAAAUAAUACGUAAUAUUUAUGUAAAUUUAGAACCGACAUUUUUCUUCGGAAAAGAUGCAAAUCGCAAUUGAAAAUCGCAAUUAAUUCAAUUGCAGUCAAUUUACCAAUUACCACAUUAACCCAUCUCAUAAACGCGAUUUGAUUAGAUGUCGCUUGAUUCAAUUAAUUAGCAAUAAAUCGUCAGUCGAUUAAAUAUUACGGGAUCGAUAGAAAUU